AUUCAUCCUACUGGGAAGCUUUUCGUGCUCUCGGAUGGAGAAGGAAAACAUACGACUGUGGAGCUGAGCGAACCUCUAGAUGAAGAGAUCUCAGGAGUUAUUGAAGUAGUGGGAAGAGUAACAAAUCGGGCAACCAUCAUGUGCAUGUCAUAUGUCCAGUUCAGAGAAGAUAAAAGUCCAUUUGAUCUGGAACUCUACAACGAAGCACUAAAAAUUAUUCAUGAAUUCCCUGAAUACUUCCCAUUCGAUACUGGGAGGAACAACUGA